UAAAAUUAGGGCAUAUUUUUAUUUCGUACCUUCGGAGUUGGAAAAGCCUUCAGAGUCAUGGAGUCCAAUAGCAUCCAAGGCUAUGGCCAAGAUAUGUUCGACCAAUUGCCGGAUGAUAUCUUAUUAUCCAUCAUAGAGAGAGCUGACGUCCGCACAAUUAUAAAGACCAGUGCCCUGUCGACACGGUGGAAGCAACUGCCUCUUUUGCUAUAUAACAUCGACUUGGAUGUUGAUAAAUUUAUCCCCCCAAAUUCCUCCAUGUCGGCCGACGAAGCGAUGGCAAUUCUAAUUAAAUCGAUGAACAAUUUAUUUGGUUCUCCUCAGAGAGAAUGUACAAUUAAAGGGCUAACCCUUAGCUUCUGCUUGCUCACUGAUUUUGAGGCAUCAUUAAAGUAUUUGCUUAACAUCAGUGAGCUAGUUUGCAAUGCGGUCGACAAUGGUAAAGUGAAGAGCGUGGAGCUUGAGAUCAAAACUGAGAAGCCCAGUGUCGAUUACACCACUGAUGAUACGCUACUGCAUGCAAAGAGCGUAGUGUAUUUUUUUGAUAUAUCUCCUAGUCUGUCACGUUGCCUCACAAAGCUUUUUCUGAGGACGGCAAGGUUUUCUGAAGCAGAUUUUCAUCAACUAAUAGUCAGCUGUGACCAGUUGCAACAUCUAUCACUCUACUGUUGUGAGCUUUGGGAUUCGUCCACGCUGAAGCUGGAUAUGCCAAAUUCAAAACUCCGAUUUGUUUCGCUCUUCGGGUGCUUUAUCCAGACUGUAGAGUUUAUCUGCCUCCCUAAACUAAAGGAGCUACACUGUGAUUCAUGGCCCUUAACAGGGACUCCCUUAUCUUUUGGUGCGGUUCCAUGCCUUCAGGAACUGCUUCUUGUUUGUGUUAAGUCAAUCUUUCAAUCAGGAUUCAAAUUGACUGAUCUUCUGCGUGGUACUGCAAAUGUACAGGAUCUUACUUUGAACUUCCAAGGAGAAAAUAUUUGGAUUACACCUGAACGAAAAGAACUAAGCACCACUUUGAGCAAGAUAACGAAGUUGUUUCUGCAUGGAAUAUAUGUGAAAUUUAAUAUCUUAUGGACAAUGCUUCUCCUUGAAGCCGCACCAUCCGUUAAGAUCUUUGGUGUCGAGGUGUGGAACCAUCCAUGUGAAGAGGGUGGUGAGAGAGAUGGAUAUCCUGAAAGAACAAAUGCUUUGUGGGAUGCUGCACAGAUGGAUGGCUCGAUACUUCAUUUGCAAUUAGAGACGUUAGAAUUUGGUGGGUUCGAUCCAACCAUAAGUGAACACUUGGAUUUCAUAAGAGCUGUAAUUGAGCGUGCUCCCAAGUUAAAGUCAGUUAUUUUACAAGACGCAGAACCUUGUGAAUACUGUGAAUCAAUGGACAACCCAAUCUCAACAUCCAGGUUUCCGCAUAAUGAAGAUGAGAGAAGCACAGUGCUGAAGCAACUCAAAGCUGGGAUCUCUCGCCCUGUUGCAAUAGUCUUUUGCUAAUAGAAUAGGGAAUGUCGGAGAUUCUUUGUUACUGGGUAACUCGUAAUAAAACAGAUUCUCGUACCCUAUAAAAAUGAGGAUUUUUCUCGUUUGAUGUGUGACAGGUUAGUCUAUAUACACAUUGAUCCGGAAGAUUAUCACUGCCAGAGUAAAAUAGAUUCCCCGCAUCCUGUGAAAAGGUGAACUUUUUUUCUGUUCGAUGU